AUAAUCCUCAUCACUGAUGUUUCUAUCUCCCUCUCCCUCUCUGAAAUCAAUAAAAAAAAAACUCUUCCCAGUAGAAACUUCAGGCUGACAACAAAAUGGGUUAAGGAUGAGAUAAUGGAGACAGAUCCAAGGUCAAUUCCUUGAAGGGGAUGUUCCCUAACCUUUAAGGUCUGCAUUUUGUGGGGCAGCCACACAAACUGUCCCUGAGCAGAUCCUGAUGUCCAGGUCCCAGCACUAGCGUGGGUGCACCAGUGUGCUGUUUCCUGAUCACACCAAACACAGAAACGGCUCCCAGAGAAACAGGUUGGCUUUAGACCCUCUGGGCCUGGAGACCAAGUAGCUCCAGAAGGAAAAUCGUCGCCUCAUGCUAUCACGCCUGUUCCCAGGUCACCCGAACUUCCCUCGCCCUCCACCAGAGGUCACCGCUGGAGAGACGCCCGUGCGUUGUCCCUUGCUGAGCCUUGGCCUGCAUCCCGGGUUUGCUCUGGUGAUUUAUUUUUGGCACCUCAGCCUUCCCUCAUCAAGUAGCAAAGCACGAAGGAAGAGCAGCAAAAUAUCCUGCUCCGGCCACAGCUGUCGGCUCAGGACACACUGCAGUCCUCUGUUGUCCCCUCUCUCCAAGGGGCUCUGGGACCUUUGAGAUUCCUGUCAAGUCCACUCAAGGGCCUGCGAGGACCUAACGGUGAGUAGCUGGGCCAGUGAUGGACAAAAGCCAGGCGGCAGACGGUUAGGGGGAGGCUGUGGGUUAGAGAAGUAGAAACCCCGAAGUCCAUUGGACCCACUUCCCUUCUGAAGGCAGGUGGACCAGAAGAGUGAUGGCAUUGACUGGAGAGUUUAGAAAGUGGGUCCCUGUGACUGAUUCAGACUGAGUUUUGGAAAGGACAGUAUGUUCCAGAAAGGAUUAAGCCUAUUUGGUGACCCUUUUCAAAAGGGUUUUGGGAAGAUUGUGGGGGUGCAGGUGGAGGCAGUGAACAGACGCAUAAAAUCAGCCCCAAGUUAGGCCUGGAGCCAAAGGAGGGAACAAGAGAAACCUCCCCAGCCCACACCAAGAGAGAGAAAUGCCGUCAGAACCAGCUGGACCUGGCCAUGCCGUGGAAUGCAUCCCCAGCCGGAUGGCAUCCUGGGUGGGUCCAGAUGUAUUCUCUGCCCGGGGAGGGCUGGGGGAGGGAAAGAGCUGGUGCUACGCAGUGUUGAGAACUUAUAAGGACUUGCCAGGAAAUGAACUUGAUGUUACAGGGAACAGACUCUCCUGUGCUCAGUUGGGGUUGCUGACAGGACAGAAGCAGCCUGCUGCUGGCAGGAGGCUUCUGAUAACCAGGCACCCAGCAGUGGGGACACCAGGCUUCCUGGAACGGCCAGCCCGAGGCCUGAGGCAGCCAGGGCUGCAGCUUGGCUGCUCAGCAAAUCAGCCCCUGUGACAAGCCAGGCCUUGUUGGGCCCAGAAAAGGCAGGAGAUAUGGGACUAGAAGAGUUUGGGCCCUGCUCAGUGGCAGCUUGUGCCCAUUUUCUGUCUGCUGUUCUUCCUGUUGGUGGAUGACUUUCUCCAUUCCUCAAACCCUUCAUCCAAGAGCCCUUCAGAACCACCCCAAGGAGCUGAGCAUGACAUGGGACGAGGCGCAGCUGGACUCACAUUCCACAGAGGGUUUCUAUGAGAACUAUGAGCCCAAGGAGAUCCUGGGCAGGGGAGUUAGCAGUGUCGUCAGGCGCUGUAUCCACAAGCCCACGCGCAAGGAGUAUGCUGUGAAGAUCAUUGACGUCACCGGCGGGGGCAGCUUCAGCCCCAAGGAGGUGCAGGAGCUGCGAGAGGCCACGCUGAAGGAGGUGGACAUCCUGCGCAAGGUGUCAGGGUACCCCAACAUCGUACAGCUGAAGGACAAUUAUGAGACCAACACUUUCUUCUUCUUGGUGUUUGAUCUGAUGAAGAAAGGGGAGCUCUUUGAUUACCUCACUGAGAAGGUCACCCUGAGUGAGAAGGAAACCAGGAAGAUUAUGAGAGCCCUGCUGGAGGUGAUCUGCACCUUGCACAAACUCGACAUCGUCCAUCGGGACCUGAAGCCCGAGAACAUCCUCUUGGACGAUGACAUGAACAUCAAGCUCACAGACUUUGGCUUUUCCUGCCAGCUGAAGCCAGGAGAGAAGCUACGAGAGAUCUGUGGGACCCCCAGCUACCUGGCCCCCGAGAUCAUUGAGUGCUCCAUGAACAGUGACCACCCGGGCUACGGGAAGGAGGUGGACAUGUGGAGCACAGGGGUCAUCAUGUACACCCUGCUGGCUGGCUCCCCGCCCUUCUGGCACCGGAAGCAGAUGCUGAUGCUGAGGAUGAUCAUGAGCGGCAACUACCAGUUUGGCUCACCCGAGUGGGAUGAUUACUCGGACACCGUGAAAGACCUGGUUUCCCGCUUCUUGGUGGUGAACCCCCAGGGCCGCCUGACGGCAGAAGAGGCCUUAGCGCAUCCCUUCUUCCAGCAGUAUGACGUGGAGGAAGUGCGGCACUUCAGCCCCCGGGGCAAGUUCAAGGUGAUCGCUCUGACAGUGCUGGCUUCAGUGCGGAUCUACUACCAGUACCACCGGGUGAAGCCUGUGACCCGGGAGAUCAUCAUGCGUGACCCCUAUUCCCUCCGGCCUCUGCGCCGGCUCAUCGAUGCCUAUGCUUUCCGAAUCUACGGCCACUGGGUGAAGAAGGGCCAGGAGCAGAACCGGGCUGCCCUCUUUGAGAACACACCCAAGGCUGUGCUGCUCUCCCCGGCUGAGGAGGACUACUGAGGGCCUGCUGAGACCUGGGGGGCCCAAGGACUGUGGAGGGCGUGGUCUGGAAAGAAGCCUGGUCAGAGGGCAGUCCCGGGGACAUGAAGCGGCCUUGGGGCUGGGUGGAGGAAGUGACGGUGGUCCUGAGAGACUGAGCUGGAAGGCAGGAGAGGCCAUGACUAGCACCUGUGACUGUUGGUGGUUAGGAAUAACUCAGCCGGAAAAAAACCUGUUGGCAGUUAGUGAGAGUAUCACAGUGCCAGUCAGCUCUCCAUACUUUUCAAAAAAGUUUCAAGUGAAUUCUCUCGCUUACCAUUUCCCAACUGCUAUGGAAGGCAAGAUGUGUUCACCAUUUUAGAGACCCAGGAGCAGAUACUAGAAAGAGUUAAAUGUCUUGCCCAAGGCCAACUACUGUUCCAACAGCACAACAGAAUCAAUGUCAAACCCAGUUUCCUGGUUCUAGGCCAGUACUUUUCUACCACUUUGUCCUAAAAAAGAGAGAAUUCAGGGGCCUUUGUGGGUCAAAGAAACACCUGCAAAUCUGAUAUCCUGAGUGGCCUCUACAGUCCUUAUGGAGCCAAAGAGUAGGAGUUGCAGGGAGAUCAACCAAAAUAAAUCUACUGGCAAAUGAAGCAGGAAGUCCUAGCAGGGGACCAGCAGCCUAGGAUGCUUCCAUCCAGGUGCCACCACUAACCACCUGUCUGAAAUGAGCAGGUCCCAGGACCCUCCUGGGCCCAUUUUUAACUUGACUGUAAAUCAAAAUGGUUGUAGAAAUGAUUUUCCAUGUGCCCGCCUGUUUGAAGAGUCAAUGUUUCCAUGACCCAUGGCCAUGACCUAUUGAUGUGGCCAUUCUACUUCCCUCCCUCCGCACACCUACUUAUGAGGACAAGAAGAGAAGCCCAUGUAACUGAGAUGCUGGACACAGAGUCUCCCUGGGUGUGAGAGCUGAGAAGAAAGGCACAAGCUGUCCUGGACUGUUUUCUUUUUCCUGGCAAGCGCUACCUGCUUCCUUUUCAGUACCCACAUCUCCUGGUGCAAGUAGAGAUGCAGAAGGAGUGCCAACACCAGUUGUGGUGCCACCUGUGCUCUGUGAGGUCACCUCCAGCCCCUCAGCCCUCAGCUACCAAGCUCCUCACCUGGUGGUGACCCGGGCCCGGUGAUUGGCAGAGCCAUCGGAUGUGUCGAUCCAGGAUGCCCCCCGGAGGACACGCAUAUCCUGGUUUGCACCCUGGUAUGGUGAAGCUGUCCACUCCCACACGUUGCCCACGAGGUCAUAGAGCCCUGCAGCACAGCAGGGGGUCAGUUCCCUGCUGGGAGGCAUCAUGCCUGCCUGUGAGCCAUCAAAGCCCUGGGAGCAAAUGCUGCCCCAGGUGCUUCUCUCUGCCUCAUCCAUCAGGCAGAAUGCUCCCACCAGCCACGUGUGAGUGUUGAUGGCGACCGAUAAGAAAUCUUACCAUAGUUAUUCUGUGGGGGGAACGCGUUCACUGGGGAGACCCCAUGGAAGCCGUCCUCAGCCUUGUCACCCUUGGGGAACUUUCCCUGAGAAGAGAUUUAGGAUAAAAGAUUUGCCAUCCUGUCCCAUGGCAGGUGUUCCUGCCUGCCCACAGGGAAACCAAGGUCAUCUGGAAUAGGGGGAAGGGCACGUGGCAGUGACCCGAGGUUCCCGACCUGAGCUCCCAAACCAGCUGCCUCAGGUCCUCCACCAGGACCUCCAGCUGGAUCAGGAAGUGUGUGGUUUCCCUGUGCUCACUGUGGUCCGCGUCAAGCCCAUCCCACUCCCACUGUCUCCAUUCUCAGAGACUUCGUCUCCUCGGCCUCGAGCCCCAUGCUCGGAGCCUCGGGAAGAAAGCCUCUUCCUCUCCUUCUCCAUGCCCUGCACCCUCCCCCUUCUCAGGAACCACCUCUUUCUCUUCUACCACCAACAGGUUUAACUCUGCCUCAUCUGCCCUGACUCUACCUUUCUCAUCUCUCGCUCUUUACCACCAAAACUCUUCAAAAAGUAACCUAUAUUUGCGAAUGCAAUUUAUUUAACUUGUUCACGCCUCUCAUUAAAAUUGGGUUCAGCUGCCACGAUUCUAUGGAAAUUGCUCUUAUGAAAGGGAAGAUGAAGGGGCUAUAAUUUACUCAACACCUACUAUGUGCUAAGGCUGCUACACUUACGUCUUUUAAUUUAAUCCUUGCAAGGUUGUGAGGCAAGUAUCCUCUCCCUUUAAGGAACUAGCAACUGAGGUUCAAAAUGGUUAAUUUAUCAAAGAUCAAACAGGGUAUGUCAGAUUUCUCUUUCUGCAAAGCUCUGAUCCCAAGAUCAUCUGAAAGGUCCAGUCUCCCUCUCAGGCCCCUGUCAAUGCUUCCCCCUAAAAUACUGAGGUUGUGCUCCGCUCACUCUACAGCGUCUCCUGGCCAGUGUGGGAGGGCGGGAUCAUUCUUUCCUAAGGUAAAUGCUUAUGACUCGCAAGCUACUUGCUCUGACCCAGACUUCUGUCCUAAGUUUCAGACUCAUAUUUUCAACCUCUGACUGAACAUAUAAAAGACCCAAAGGCAUCCUAAGCUAAGCUGAUCCUACCCUGACCAAGUUCUGUCCCUCUGACCCAACAAGCAGAUUAUCUAUUUGGAUAAUGGUGGCACCAUCACUCUGUUGCCCAAGCUUGGAUUCAUGCUUGAGUCCAACUCUCUUCCACCCCACCACAUUCGAUUAAUUACCAAACCCUGUCCAUCUUCUCAGACAUGCCUCUCCCAUUGGGCUUCCUCUCUAUUCCACUUCCACUUAAUUCAAGUGUUUAUAAUCACCUAGACACCCCUUGCCACCUCUGCAGCUCUGCUUCAUCUAGUCCUGCAUAAUUAGCAAGAGUUAGCUUCCCCAAGUCAACAUCUGAUAUUGUUACUCCCCUGUAUAACAACCUCCAUUGGCUCCACACUGCCUAGCCUAGAGGGUAAAAUCUAAAACCCUAUCUUGGCGCAUCUACUCCAAAAUCUGCCUCCAACCCACUGUCUACUUCAUCUCCUAACACCCCCUGGACCCCCACCAUUUCCCUGUGCUCCAGUCUCUCUGAAUUUGGCAUGUUUCCAAACAGACAGUACCCUUUCCUAAUACAAUGCCAGCACGCAUGGUGUUGUGCUUGACAACACCCUUUCCUCCUCUUUUCACUUAGCAAAAUCCUAUUUGAUCAGCUCAAAUGUCAUCUCUGAACUCUCAGGCAACGAAUGAUGUCCUCCUGCGCACACUCUGCACCACCGCCUUGUCUCCGGCUUCGCCCCUUUCCAGCUUUAGGACACAGCCCUCUGAAUCCCACACCUAACACAGUGCCCAGCCGACAGCAGGCCUCAAUGCUCCGAGAAAGGACAGGAGUGAGGAAUGCAUGUCUUACCUGCCACAGGUUGGUGCGGUUUGGCUGGAACUUGUUUCCCCAGGGAUAAACCUGACCUGCGGGAGAGCAAGGAGAAAGCAUUGGGGGGAGAGGUGAAGAGUUGGGAAAGAGAGCGAGGGAACCGAAAGGAGAUUAUUUUUAUAUCCCAUGCCCAUCCCUUCCACUCACUGCAUUGCAUUCGGAGCCCCGCCUCCUGCAUUACCCCAGGGCAGUGCAACCCUAGGUGUGGUUCUGAUCAAUGCCUCUGUAAACCACCUGUGACCAGUGCAUGUUGAGAUCAGUGCAGAAAUUAAGAGUAACCAUUGAUAAACUUGUUCGUUGGACUUCGAUUGGCUAAAUAAACAAGCAACCUCAUUUAUCACAUUAAUAACUUUGACUAUUGGUAUAGUUGGUGUUCAAACUGUAGAGGCUGGAUAUGGUGAAUUGCUAUUUCACUCUCAUAACUUUUUUAAAUGAGCAUUGCAGAACAACUAAGUUAUGAGCAAAGAGCAAUUUUUUAUAUUAACCCCUAUACAUCCAUGGAAAAGGCAUGUGGUUUGGAUAACUCUUCUCUUCUCUAUGCUAUGUUGGUCCAACUGUAUUUUUUGAAACAUGACAUCUCUGUAGAAUCUCCAACAAUAAAAAAAAAUUGUUUUUUUCAUUC